GUUCAGUUCUAUUGAGUUGGUGUAUCCGAUAUUACCAUUUCUUACAGUUCACAUAACUUUGUCUGUUUGCGUAAUUGUACUUUUCCUCGGUGUUCUAAUCGUUGCGGGGAACCAUAACCUCUGGUUUAAUAACGAACAUUUCCUAACAUUUAAGUCUAGGGGGUAAGAAUUAUUUAGAUUCAGUCGAUCUUUUCUCUGUGCGCCGUACCAAACUGUGACCCAACAUAUGAAGGUUGUCUAUCUUCUCAAGAACCUGAUAUGUGUACGCGCUAACAAGACAGCAGCGACAUGACACAUUGAACCCCACUCGCGGUACACGGUAGGUGCACAUUCAUUCUUUGUUUUUCAAAUACAUUGCAGGAUUUUUGUACAGUAUGUUAUUCACAAUUUAAAUAUGUUUUUAUGUCGUUGAUUUUUUCUUUGUUUUUCUGAAACUUUAAUGAAGUGUUAUUUAAGUAAAUCUGUUUGGGAUAGAGCACUAGGAGGUGGAGAUAGGUGUGUUUUUAUUUGUUUUGUUUAUGAUGCAAGUUGACACCCAGGUCAUGUCGGGUAUUUCCGGAAGAGCGGAAAUACCACGGAACAUCAUGUCAACGAAACAUCUUUAAAUGCAAAAGUUGUAGAUAUACAACUAUCAUUUUAAGAUACCAGAGUCAUCGAAAAAACAUAAAGCAUAAAAUGGAAAUGCAAAUUUUCUCCUGGAAGAGAAUUUGUGUCAACUCUUAUGAUGAGUAUCUUAAAUUUAAGUAAGUGUUAGCACUGACAAUUAAAAUGUCACGUUUUUGGACCACAUUCAGCCUACACUUUAUGACUUUAUGCUUAAAGCUGUGUGGAUCUUUUCAUUCAAAUUGUGAAGUUAUUUAUUGUAUUUAUUCAUUGUUUAUUUUAUUCAAAAUAGUUGUGUACUUUUAAUCAUUCGAAAAGCCAACAACCUUUACGUCUAUUACAAUUAUCACCCUAACUUAUGAGGUUUCAUUUAUAUAUAUAUAUUUUUAAUUUAAAAAAACCAGCUUGAUCUAUUAAACACCCGUACGUAGCGUUAUAGAGUGGUCAUCGGAAAUAUUAAUAAUUACAAGCCAUUUGAAAUAGACUAAAUCGUAUUAAAAUAAAUAUAAAAUCAAUUGCACAAAAAAAAAAUAUAGAUAUAGGAAAUGUAAACUUCAACGUACUAACUUAAGACAUACACAUUAAGUGAAACAUCUGGAAUCUUGUGAUUUAAGAGUCCCGAGCUUCCAUAUUAGUCAUGCAAUACUACCUACCCCCCCCCCCCUUUUCCCCCCAUUUUACAACGUACUAACUUAAGACAUACACAUUAAGUGAAACAUCUGGAAUCUUGUGAUUUAAGAGUCCCGAGCUUCCAUAUUAGUCAUGCAAUACUACCUACCCCCCCCCCCUCUUUUUUCCCCGAAUUUUGCGUACACACUUUUUUAAAAAACUUAGAAUGGCAAGUUUUAUAUAAAGCAAUCAGAGAAAGAAAUAAAGAUUUUAUGUCCAAAAUAUAUAUAUUUAUAUUCCGUAUUUUCCAGCGUAUAAGACGACUUUUUAACCCAUGAAAAUCUUUCCAAAGUCGGGGGUCGUCUUAUACGAUGGGGGUCGUCUUAUGAGCUGCUGUACAGCCCAAACCCUAGCUUUUAAAAGGAAAAGUAGGGGAUCGUCUUAUACGGCCAGUCGUCUUAUGCGCCGAAAAUAAGGUAUAUAUAUCAUAUAUAUAAUGAUGUUUAUUUUUUUUAUUAAGAGCAGUACAUGUAAUACAACUGUGUUUUGCGCUACUUCGAUACCAACCUUCUAGCGGUAUAAAACUCGCUAUGUACAUCAAAAUUGGAAUAGCCCCUCUGACUUGUUCAUUUUUGGUUAUAGCGACCCCCCCCCCCACACACACACACAGUGACAAUGUCCAACUACAGAAUGGACUAUCCGGACCUCGGCAGUGUGGUCAUCAUAAACAUCAAACACUUUGCUGUCGACGGGUUGGAGACGAGAGUAGGUACCGGGAUAGACGCCGGGAACGUGGAGAAACUCUUCAAAACCAUGGGCUUCAAGAACAUACGACGGAAGGACGACAUCACGGCAGACAACAUCAGGGCUGAACUUGAGGAAGGUAAGAGAUGCAAUGUGACCAUGUCAAUAAGGUAAUAGAUACGAUGUGGCCAUUUCAAUACCAUUCGAAAUACAAUACGACAAAUGUCGAUAAGGUAAGAGAUACAAUGUUACAAACGCCAAUAGCGGUUAUAGAUAUUGUCUUUCCAUUUUUAUUUGUGUGCAUGCAAACAAAAAUUUUCUGUCAUACAUCAAGCUUUGAGUUGACAGCAACGGUCUCAGAGAUUCAAAUCCCAAUCAAUGUUCGACUAUGCAGAAACUUCACUUGCUCAUGUCAUUGCUUCAAUGAACCAAAGCACACGUAUUUUUUUUAAUGUAUUUAUGGCGUCCCAACAUUUUUUAAAUGCUCUACUAGUUGUCAGAUGAAGACACCGACCAUCGUCUGCAGGCCUCUACAAUUUACGGGUCCAUAAAUAAGAAACUUUACUUUCCGGCUUGUGGACUUCAUGUGAAACCCUCUUACCACAUCUAUUUUAAUGCCUAUGAUUACUCAAUUCCUGUACUGACAAAUAAGGAUUUUGUAUCAUCUCUUAUGAUAGAUUUGAUUACUGCCUUAAAUUAACUUUUGGGUAACUUAAAAAGUUACACAUUUUUCAAAUGCAUUUUAUUUGUACGCUUAUAUUACGUGAGCAUAGAGAUUACUUUAAUAUGCGAAAAGUUCGUUUUUUGCCUCAGACCACUCAUACUGCAUGCAACACUUGUGUUGGAGAAUGUUGGUUUUACUAGAUAAUUUAUGUUAUAAUGUAUUUUUUUUGGUGUGUUUUCGUAGUGUCUCGAUUGGAUCAUUCAGAGAGCAGCUGUUUUGUUUGUGUUGUGCUGACACACGGUGAGCGGGAUUUCGUCUACGGCAUAGACGAGGAGCUGCCCCUGAGCGAGCUGUUUGAGCCGUUCACCGAUGACAGGUGCAAGACUCUGGUCGGGAAGCCUAGGUUGUUCUUCAUACAGGUUUGUGACCGUGACAGAAUCAGUUAGGGUUAAAUACAAAAAUUAUGUCACACAGUGACAAAGCUGUGACCUUGUUUUAGGGUAUACUUUUGAUACGUUCAAAUUGUGUUAAAAUUACCAAAUCUUAGGUAUAAAUAGUAGUUUGUGGCAUACUGCUAGGACUUUCAAUGACCUCGUGUAAACUGUAUUUUAAUUAAGAUUCCUUCCUUGUGCCGGUUGUCAUUCCAAUCUCUGACUGAUGGUAUACAUGUAAUCAUUACCACUGAAAUAUUAGAUUAAAAUGUCACUAUUUGUAACAUAAAUGACAAAACGCCUUAAAUGUAGAGAUGUGCAUUAAGUCCCAGACACCCCUCCAGCCACCCCUCCCGCCAUCAAAAAAAAAUGUUAGGAAAAUAUUAGUCAUCAGGUGCCCAUCAAGAUUGCCGUCUGAAAACCUACGAAAUUUAAGCAAUCAAUGUGUUUCCGAACAGAAAGUGUCUGACUAGUUUACAAUGAUAACAAUAUACAUUUUUAUAAUACUACAAAUUAACACAAGCAAUUCUUUGAUAAGUUUGAUUAUUGAACCUAGAAUCGAUAGCCAUGAAAAUUCGUUAUUUCUUAUAAGAAAUAGCACAAAUGUGUAUAUAUAUAUCAAAUUAAAAGCUUUGAGAAAAUAAAGAAAUUAACAUUAUACUUAUGGUAUGUGGUAUUCUAUUUCUACGUGAUUCUCGUGUCUAGGAAAAAAUAAAAUUGCAAUUGAUUUCACAUGUCUACUUAUCUGCACGAAGAACACAGCAAUUAGCUUAGUUUCUUUCUUCAUUCUUGUAAAGAACUAAAUUUUUGUUCCCCUCAUUAUUGCUUAAAAACAAGUAUGCGACUAUUCAGACCCGGCUAGCAAAAGUGAGAGGUUGGGAUUAAAAAACAAUGUAAAAUAUUAUUGUUGGGUUUGUAAGACAAAAUUAGGUAUCAAAUGAAAGAUAAUUGAAUGGACUACACGUUUGUAAACUUACUUCUUCAGUUUAACUAAAAUAAACUACCACAAAUGACAUCCGAAUAGCAUGCGUCUAAUGGGACCCGGGUGCCAAUGGCGGCGCUGCGUCAUUUGUGGUAGUUUAUUUUAGUUAAACUGAAGAAGUAAGUUUACAAACGUAUAGUCCAUUCAAUUGUCUCUCAUUUAAAUCCUUAUUUUGUCUUACAAACCCAACAGUAUAUGGAUGCAGCAACGAAUACUACCAGAACCAGAGAGAGAGAGAAAACUAUUUUAAAUUGGUUUUUAAUCCCAACAUCUCAAUUCUGGGACCCGGGUGCGAAUAGCCACUUCGUAAAAACAAUUGUGUAGUGCAAAUUAAAAUUAACAAUUGAAUUUUUAAAAAGAAAAUGGUCAUUUUUAACACGUUUUUAAAUUUAUGUUUGAUAAUCAUGUCCUAUCUUUGUGUUUAUUCAAAUUAGGCCUGUAGAGGUCAUUUAGUGGACAGUGGUGUCGCCGUUGCUACUUUCGACGACGACAGUGUUGUUGCUGCCACUACCUUAGAUGAUGACAGCGUUGAAGACGAGUCCGAUUCUUCAGAAGAACUCUUCCCUUCCUACAGCGAUUACUUCAUCGCCUACUCUACUGCCCCGGGUGAGAAAGUCACUUUUUCGUUUUUAAAUAGGGAAUCUACACACAUGCAGUGAUAUCAUAUGGCGUUCCUUGGCCUACACUAUCUAACCGAUAUCAUCACCGCACGUACAAUGAGCGCACGAUAUCUCAGGCAUGAAGUCACACAUAUUGUAUAUGUAGUCGGUGAUCUGCAGCUGCUUCAUCCAGGAAGUAUUUGCUUCUACAAAGGAUAUUAAUAGAGAUCGAAGUGUCUUUUUAAAAAAAAUUGUGUCUACCACCUGGAAAAGCAUGUGUCACAUUGGUUGAUCUUUUGACAUGUUAUGUAAAACGGAAUUAGUUGCUAUUGAAUUUUGGCAAGAAAUGUAUUACUACUAGAGCUUUCAUUGGUCCCAACAUCAAAAUAAAUUGCAUGCACCAUUGAAGCGAAUAUAUGAAUACUUUUCUUUUUGUAUAGCACUAUAAACCUAUUGUUUGACCAUGUCAUCUUGUUCGCUCAGGUUGUAUAGCACUAUAAACCUAUUGUUUGACUAUGUCCUCUUGUUCGCUCAGGUUGUAUAGCACUAUACACCUAUUGUUUGACCAUGUCAUCUUGUUCGCUCAGGUUGUAUAGCACUAUAAACCUAUUGUUUGACUAUGUCCUCUUUUUCGCUCAGGUUGUAUAGCACUAUAAACCUAUUGUUUGACUAUGUCAUCUUGUUCGCUCAGGUUGUAUAGCACUAUAAACCUAUUGUUUGACUAUGUCCUCUUGUUCGCUCAGGUUGUAUAGCACUAUACACCUAUUGUUUGACCAUGUCAUCUUGUUCGCUCAGGUUGUAUAGCACUAUAAACCUAUUGUUUGACUAUGUCCUCUUUUUCGCUCAGGUUGUAUAGCACUAUAAACCUAUUGUUUGACUAUGUCCUCUUUUUCGCUCAGGUUGUAUAGCACUAUAAACCUAUUGUUUGACUAUGUCAUCUUGUUCGCUCAGGUUGUAUAGCACUAUAAACCUAUUGUUUGACUAUGUCAUCUUGUUCGCUCAGGUUGUAUAGCACUAUAAACCUAUUGUUUGACCAUGUCAUCUUGUUCGCUCAGGUUGUAUAGCACUAUAAACCUAUUGUUUGACUAUGUCCUCUUGUUCGCUCAGGUUGUAUAGCACUAUACACCUAUUGUUUGACCAUGUCAUCUUGUUCGCUCAGGUUGUAUAGCACUAUACACCUAUUGUUUGACUAUGUCCUCUUGUUCGCUCAGGUUGUAUAGCACUAUAAACCUAUUGUUUGACUAUGUCAUCUUGUUCGCUCAGGUUGUAUAGCACUAUAAACCUAUUGUUUGACCAUGUCAUCUUGUUCGCUCAGGUUGUAUAGCACUAUAAACCUAUUGUUUGACUAUGUCAUCUUGUUCGCUCAGGUUGUAUAGCACUAUAAACCUAUUGUUUGACCAUGUCAUCUUGUUCGCUCAGGUUGUAUAGCACUAUAAACCUAUUGUUUGACUAUGUCCUCUUUUUCGCUCAGGUUGUAUAGCACUAUAAACCUAUUGUUUGACUAUGUCAUCUUGUUCGCUCAGGUUGUAUAGCACUAUAAACCUAUUGUUUGACUAUGUCAUCUUGUUCGCUCAGGGUAUGCGUCAUUUCGAAAUGUAGAGGGAUCGUGCUUCAUCAGAGCUAUUGUCAAUGUCUUCAGCAAGGAGUGGACAAGGCUUGACUUACAGACCAUGAUGACUCGGGUCAUCGGAAACGUGGCCUUCAACUUCCACUCAAAAUCCAAAAAACCGGAUCAGGAUAACAAGAAACAGAUCCCGUGUGUGACGUCAAUGCUCACGAAGAAAUUAUAUUUUAAAUCGGAUUAAGUAAUCUCACUUUUUUUAUGUUUCUAAAACCAAUAAAAUGUUGUGGACUUUUGUCACAUCUUUUCAAAUCUGAUGAAAUGAUUUUGUGAACGCUUAAAAAGAAUAGUAUAGUUAAUACAAAAACUCAAAUUUAUUAUGUAACAUGAUUGAUAAUGUUGAACGUAGUUGUUGAUAUUAAAGAUUCAAGAACAGAGAUGUCUCUAUUUAUGAUAUCAGUUGGCAUGAGUAAAGCAAUACAAUCAACUCUUUACUAUGAAAAUAGAUCAUAUAAUAUAUUGUGUUCAAAAGGAUAAACGUUUUAUACACACAAAAAAAUAUGUUUUUUUUACAUUUCUUUUGAAAUGAGGUAACUAUUUUUUGAAAAUGACGUCAAGCUUAUCUUGAGACGCAUGCGCAGUGUUCCUUCCAUUAGCCACCACUGAUUUCCACACCCCUCCAAUAUCUGUACAUCUUUUUGACCCCUGAGAAAUCAGGUUUAAUUUAUGUUACUGCGCUCCUCCAGACAUGUCUGUCUGCUUGGGGGGCAGCUAAAGACAACGUUCCAGUGGUUGCAGUUACUCCUUCAAAACAAUAAAUACAUCAACUCCGCGCUCACAUACAUUUUUAUGCUUUGUCAAAUGUGAAUUGGACAACUCAUUCACAUCAGUCGCGCUGCCGUCUGUCGCUGUAAGCCUCAUCUGAUCAUCUCGCCAGAGCAAUUCCUCACACUUGCUGGCGAGUCCAUAAUGUGUGUACGCUUGAACUCAUGAUAAAAUCUACAUUCUCCCCAGUAAAAGGCAACACUUUAUCUGCUUGUACUAAAUAGAUUAAAUAUAGUCACUCUACUUUCCCCGCUGAUAUUCUUAUGAAUCGGUUUAUUGGUCUCUAUAAAUAGUGCGAGCAUAUUUCCUAUUGAACAACAUUUUAAAAAAAUCCUUCAAAAUCCAAUCAUAUGUUUAAAACAAGAAACGCUCCUGUUUUAAGUGAAUUCACUCAUCUCUGUAAGUUGUGUGUCUCUUUAUAACGUGUUUUUUAUCGCACACACGAAUAAGAUAUCAGUGAAAAAAGGGGAUUUCUGUUAAACUUCUGAAGUUCUAAAGGCGCUAUCGAAACGUUAUAUCAUCCGGGUUCCUACUAAUGGCCAUUAAAACAAGAUGGCGGCUUCAGUUUUUUCUUAUGUUUUCCUUUCCCUUGACCUGAAAAUAAAGAGUUAAAGUUUUAAACAUUAAAAUAAUAUUAAAAUAAUUAUGAUAACUAAUUUAACGACUAAAACUUAUAAGUCACACUUAUUAUUAUGAUUAUUUUCUCUGUUAGAAAUGAACUUUUUCCUUUGUACGAACGAAAAUAAGUUUUAAAAAAUACUAGUGAAAAUCUUGUUAUCUAAAUUGAACUAAAAAAAAAACCAUUCCCUGGAAACAAUGUAAAGUGUAUAAUUUUUUUUUAGAAUAAGAAAAUAAAUCUUUACGAAGGGGAAGUACUUAGAAAUAAAAUAAUAUACCUUGUUUUUGAUUGGAUAGCUCUCUUUCUCUUCUUUGUGCUUCAAAAUCGGACAGGAGUUGUUUGACUUUCUCUUCAUAAGCCUGACAAUCCUGCUCUGAUCGUACUCUGGAUUCAUCUACAAAGGUUUUCAGAAAUUGAAACAGGAUUUCAGUUGUGAGUAGUCAAUAUUUUUAAACCAAAUGAAAAAUCAAAUAUUUUCGUAUAAGAAAUAUUGUUUUAUCUGUGUUGUGCCCUAUGUUAUUUACAUUUCUUACGUCUUCAUACGUCUUUAAAGGCUGACAUUUUGUAUUAGUCUCUCUCUCUCUCUAUAUGUAUAUACAUUUUUAAAAUCCUGUGUUUUCUUCAAACUCAUUUAAAAGCUG